CCGCCGCCCGCCACAGCCUGCGGGAGGGACGCUCGGCGGCCGCGACGGGGGGCGCUGGCGGCGGCGGACGCUGCAGCGGCGGCGGGGCUGGCGCCGCGGCGGCUCCCGGGCCGGGACGGGCCUGGGCACCGGGCGGAGCUCGGCGGCCGGGCGGCAGCGGCGCUGCGUGGGCACGGCGCCUGCAGCCGGGCCCCGGCCCCGGGGGCGCCGCCUCCGCCCGCGGCUAGUGCACGGCUGGGCUGCCGCUCCUCCUGCUAUGAUGCCUGGGCAGAUUCCAGACCCUUCCGUGACUGCGGGCUCUCUGCCAGGGCUCGGCCCCCUGACCGGACUCCCCAGCUCGGCCCUGACAGCGGAGGAGCUGAAGUACGCCGACAUCCGCAACAUUGGGGCCAUGAUCACCCCUUUACACUUUCUGGAGGUGAAACUGGGCAAGAGGCCCCAACCCGUGAAAAGUGAGCUAGAUGAAGAAGAGGAGCGAAGGAAAAGGCGCCGGGAGAAGAACAAAGUGGCGGCAGCCCGAUGCCGGAACAAGAAGAAGGAGCGGACGGAGUUCCUGCAGCGGGAAUCUGAGCGGCUGGAACUCAUGAAUGCGGAGCUGAAGACCCAGAUCGAGGAGCUGAAGCAGGAGCGACAGCAGCUCAUUCUGAUGCUGAACCGGCAUCGCCCCACCUGCAUCGUCCGGACGGACAGCGUCAAGACCCCCGAAUCAGAAGGGAACCCGCUGUUGGAGCAGCUAGAGAAGAAGUGACCAUGGGCUGGGAGAAGGAAGAGGCGGAAGAGGAGGAGGAGGAGGAGGAGGAGGAGGAGGAGGAGGAGGAUUUGGGAAGAGGGGGGAGGACGAGGGGUCCCAGAGGGCCCUUCCUUGCUGCAUGACAAACUUUACAAUGAGGCUCAGCACAGCCAGCGCUGGCCGGGCUUUUUUGUGAAACUCACAUCAGCCACACAAGGGGAAGAACGGGCUGACGAAACCUAGAAGGACCAAGCGCUGAGACCAAAGUAGACCCACGGUGGGGCUGUCCUGCCUGGGGCCCAGCUGGAAGGAGGCAGGACAGAGGCCCCCGGCCAGAGAGACACCCAACCAAAUGGCCUCUCUGCCAGGGCACCCACCGAGGGACCUCGGAGCAGCCAGGAAAAGCCAUGAGUUGCAAACAAACACGCGGCUGGGGAUGGAACUGAGUGGGACCACAGCCUGCCUGCCCCCAGCCCUGCCCCCCCUGACCCUGAUGCGAGGCUGGAGCGGGCGCCACGUGGGGCCCAGCCGUCCCUGCCCCCGUGGGUCCAGCGCGGCCUUGCCCGGGAGCGGCAGCCGGGGCGCGCCCUCAACGGCCCCGCUGGAGUCUGCUGUGGGCACGAGGCGCGGGCGCCCUUCCAAAGCACAUACUCACUGAAUGUUUACAGACUGGCUGUCCUGGCAGGGCUUUUCAACUGCACAUUUUUUUUAUACUUUCUUUUUUUUUUUUUUUUUUUAAUAUUUUUUACAAAAAAAAAAAGAUUUUAUACAAGCAAUAUAUAUAUGGAUUUCUAUAAUCACUCGAUGUGAUAUAGUAUAAAUAUGCUAUGGUUUGUUUGUUACGAACAGAUAUCCAGCAGUUAUGGCCGUCGUGUGUAACUCCUAAGUACUGUAGUAGUCUCUGGGUGUCGGGGUGGCAGGGGCGGGCAUGGGGUGCGUUUCCAUCCUGGUAAAUCCUUCACAGUACUCAGUCCUGUAUCGCUCAGUAAACGUUACUCUUACUUA